CAGAUAAAAUUCGUUGGCGAUUUUAACAGCGAAAUUAAGACACACUUGAAGAUUACUAAUAAAAGUGAUAUGAAACAAGCGUUCAAGAUAAAAUGUACGAGAAACGAUCUGUUCAAAAUUCGACCCGCCACAGGGAUUCUGGACUACAAUCAGACAUCGAACAUUACUCUCACAUACAAACCUAAUGGGGAGGUUCCUGAGAACGACAAGCAUCAUUUUGGAGUCUAUCAUAUUCCUGCACCAGAAGGGUGCACAUGUGAAGGAGCGUGGAGCGAACACUAUGGGCCACCACAGGGAGAAUUCAGACUCAAGGUUCAGCUUUGCUACCAGUAA